GCGGCAACGUCGCGAGGCCGCAACAUCCAACAUGGAGGAAGAGAUCCCUUCUUUGGAGGAGCUGAAAAAGUUGAAAGUUGUUGAACUAAAAGCUCGGUUAUCGUCGCUUGGACUACAAACCUCAGGUUUGAAGGCGGAGUUGAUAGCAAGACUUCACAGUUAUUUUGUGUCGGUACCAAAUCCUCAACCAACUCAAUUCCAAGAAGGUGGCCCUCCUGAAGCUGAGCCUGAACAUGCUGCUCAAGAGGGACCUAUUGCCAUUGAACAAGAAACCCAUUUUCAAGAAGACGAAGAUGCAAAACCUGUGCAUGUGAUGUUACCAAUAACACAGACUCAUCUACCAAUACAUCAUUCAGAGCAACAUUAUCCUGUCAUUGUGAAAACAGAGAAUUUCCCUCACAUUCCAGCACCAAUUGUAAUUUCAGAGGAAAGACCACCACUAGAGCCACAGACUGUUGUAGGUGACAACUUGCCAGUUAUACUUGGAUUCUAA